ACCAGGCAACCUCCUGGACGUGGACGUGGACGUGGACGUGGACUUGGACGUGGACGUGGACAUGGUCGUGGACGUGGACGUGGACGUGGACGUGAACGUGGACGUGGACGUGGACAUGGACGUAGACGUGGACGUGGACGUGGACGUGGACGUGGACGUGGACGUGGACGUGGACAUGGACGUGGACGUGGACGUGGAUGUGGAUGUGGACGUGGACGUGGAUAUGGUCGUGGACGUGGACGUGGACGUGGACGUGGACAUGGUCGUGGACGUGGACAUGGACGUGGACGUGGACGUGGAUAUGGUCGUGGACGUGGACGUGGACGUGGACGUGGACAUGGUCAUGGACGUGGACAUGGACGUGGACGUGGACGUGGAUGUGGACGUGGACAUGGACGUGGACGUGGACGUGGACGCGGACAUGGACGUGGUCGUAGACAUGGACGUGGACGUGGACGUGGACAUGGUCUUGGACGACGUGGAGGUGGAGGUGGACGUGGACGUGGACGUGGUCGUGGACGUGGACGUGGACCCGGACGUGGACGUGGACAUGGACGUGGACGUGGACGUGGACCCGGACGUGGACAUGGACGUGGACGUGGACGUGGACGUUGACGUGGACAUGGACGUGUACGUGGACGUGGACGUGGACGUGGACGUGAACGUGGACGUGGACAAGGUCGUGGACGUGGACGUGGACGUGGACGUGGACGUGGACGUGGACAUGGACGUGGACGUGGACGUGGACAUGGACGUGGACGUGGACGUGGACGAGGACGUGGACGUGGACGUGGACGUGGAGGACGUGGACGUGGACGUGGACUUGGACUUGGACGAGGACGGGGACGUGGACGUGGACGUGGAGCUUGCCUGGAGCUUGCCUGGUCUAGGAGCGUGCCUGGUCCAGGUGCAUGCCGGGUCCAAGAGCUUGCCUGGUCUAGGAGCUUGCCUCAUCAAGGAGCUUGCCUGGUCCAGGAGCUGGCCUGGUCCUGGAGCGUGCCUGGACGUGGACGUGGACGUGGACAUGGACGUGAACGUGGACAUGGACGUGGACGUGGACAUGGACGUGGAUGUGGACGAUGACGUGGACGUGGACAUGGACGUGGACGUGGACGUGGACGUGGACGUGGUCGUGGACCUGGACAUGGUCGUGGACAUGGACGUGGACGUGGACGUGGACGUGGACGUGGACAUGGACGUGGACGUGGACGUGGACGUGGACGUGGACUUGGACGUGGACGUGGACGUGGACGACAUGGAGGUGGACGUGGACGUGGACAUGGACAACGACGUGGACGUGGAUGUGGACGUGGACGUGGACGUGGAUGUGGACAUGGACGUGGAGGUGGACGUGGACGUGGACGUGGACGUGGACAUGGACGUGGACGUGGACGUGGACGUGGACGUGGACAUGGUCGUGGACGUGGACGUGGACGUGGACGUGGACGUGGACAUGGUCAUGGACGUGGACGUGGACAUGGACGUGGACGUUGACGUGGACGUGGACAUAGAGGUGGACAUGGUCGUGGACGUGGACGUGGACGUGGUCGUGGACGUGGACAUGAACAUGGACGUGGACAUGGACGUGGACGUGGACCUGGACGUGGACGUGGACGUGGACGUGGACAUGGACGUGGAUGUGGACGUGGACGUCGACGUGAACGUGGACGUGGACAUGGUCGUGGACGUGGACGUGGACGUGGACAUGGACGUGGACGUGGACGUAGACGUGGACGUGGACGUGGACAUGGACGUGGACGUGGACGUGGACGUGGACAUGGACGUGGACGUGGACGAGGACGUGGACGUGGACGUGGACGUGGAGGACGUGGACGUGGACGUGGACGUGGACGUGGACGUGGUCGUGGACGUGGACGUGGACGUGAACGUGGACGUGGACAUGGUCAUGGACGUGGACGUGGACAUGGACGUGGACGUUGACGUGGACGUGGACAUAGAGGUGGACAUGGUCGUGGACGUGGACGUGGACGUGGUCGUGGACGUGGACAUGAACAUGGACGUGGACAUGGACGUGGACGUGGACCUGGACGUGGACGUGGACGUGGACGUGGACAUGGACGUGGACGUGGACGUGGACGUGAACGUGGACGUGGACAUGGUCGUGGACGUGGACGUGGACGUGGACAUGGACGUGGACGUGGACGUAGACGUGGACGUGGACGUGGACAUGGACGUGGACGUGGACGUGGACAUGGACAUGGACGUGGACGUGGACGUGGACGAGGACGUGGACGUGGACGUGGACGUGGAGGACGUGGACGUGGACGUGGACGUGGACGAGGACGUGGACAUGGACGUGGACGUGGACGUGGAGCUUGCCUGGUCGACGAGCGUGCCUGGUCCAGUAGCUUACCUGGUCAAGGAGCUUGCCGCGUCAAAGAGCUUGCCUUAUCCAGGAGCUUGCCUGGUCCGGGAGCUUUCCUGGUCCACGAGUGUGCCUGGUCUAGGAGCUUGCUUGGAGAAGGAGCUUGCCUGA